AUGGCGCCGCGAUUCCACCCGAGCGUCUCCUCAUACCGGAUGACUCAUACAUUCUCACCCGCCCCCCCAAGCAUCUGCGUUGACUACCUUUCCCACAACUGGGAGGAACAAGACGUAUGGGUCUCGUGGCGCAACAUGACGCGGCACAAGAACGAUAUUGCGAACGGGGCUAGGCUCGAGAACGCUUGCUGGAGGACGUGGUGGAAGCAAAGGAACCAUCUUCAGACUUGUGCACCAGAGAUGCUUGGUUGGCUUAAAGAUGGGGACGUGACGUGGUUGUACGGUCCGUUCCAUACUGCUGCCGACCCGAUCCCUGCAUCCAAGAAGGCGACGUUGAGCGAGAAGUCGAUGAACAAGGGGGCGAAACCCACCAAAUCUAUCCUGAAGCGUACAGUCGGUGAUACGUUCUGGACCAUCGCAAGCGCACAUCUGCGGGAUGCCGAGAGCGGUAUUCACACUCCCGUCUCUAACACACCGAAGAGCGCGCAUUCGAUUCCAACAACACAGUCCGACUCUGCGGCAACCAGCUCACUGCAACUCAUUGAUGACGAGGGCGACUCCCUUGGCUCAGCAGUACGAUUUUGA